GCGAUUUAGUCUGGGUUCGGUAAUUCCAUGUCAUCGAGCUAUGAGACGUACGGAAUCUUGAUUCCCCCUUGAAGGAAGUUUUUACUGCACUGGUGGCAAAAGAAGGGGCGAGUUGAAUAUUUGAGGCUAGAUUUUGUUCAUGUACGGUGAAUAUGCGAACGCUAUAGUAGACAUUGGAUGAAUGUCCUUGUAUAUCCAGUUGCGUCGAUACCUUAGAACCAUGGCCAAGAAGCUGUUUUGGAAGGUGACGACUGGAAUGUUUGUGCGGACCUUCCACAUAAUCCUCACAGUAGGGGUACUUUGUGUUAUCGUCUUCAAAGAUACAGCCUUGAGAGAAGCCAUUCUCCAGAGAAAUAUACCUUACCUUCUAGCCUUUGCAACCCUCCUUACAAUAUCUGGUGGCCUGUACUUCCAAGCAAGCCUUAUGGACCCAGGCUAUGUGCCUGUAGAUCAAGCAAAGACACAAGAAUGGAAUAAAGACGACAGUACCGAUGAUGAAGACGAGAACAGUAGUCAUGAUCAAGAGGAAGAGGAAGAUCUCAAAAAUGAAGAGACAGUUCAGAUGUUGUCAUCGCCACGAAGACGAAAGGCUGUUAAACUUCGAAAAUGUGACUUUUGUGAAGUGAAGCAACCCAUACGGUCCAAACAUUGUGAAGAUUGCAGCCGCUGUGUCAGGAAGUUUGACCACCACUGCCCUUGGCUUGAGAACUGCGUAGGUGAGAGCAACCAUCGGUUCUUCUGGCUGUUUCUGCUCACUGAGACCACGCUGGUGUUGUGGACAUUUCAGAUUACGUGGGGCGCCUUCCGAUGGAAAAUCACUCUUUAUGAUUGGCUCCAGGCUAACGCACUUUUCUUUGUUUGCAUCGUCAUCAUCGCCCUGGCUGGGUCGGCGCUGUUUGGUCUACUCUGUUGCCACAGUUACAUGAUGAUAACCAAUCAGACCACGUGGGAGUUCAUGUCACAUAAUCGCAUCACGUACCUGCGAGAUCUGGACGAGUCUGAGAAUCCAUUCGACGAGGGAUACCUCAAAAAUUGCGUCAAGUUUUUCUUUUACUGUCCGUACAGAAGGUGGGAACAGUUGGUCCAGAAGAAAUGUGAAUGCGUGCACCCAUCAAACUCUGUGUAGGCUUGACGGAGAGAUUAACUCAUGAAGUCGUCAUGCAAUUUUCUAGUCAUUAAUUGCUUUGUGUUUGUUCUCUGGUUUUAUUUCACAAGUGGAUUGAAAGACCUGCUUGAACGAAAAUGUCAAGUCGCGAACUUUGGUGAAUUUCACUUCAAAUGUUUUCAAUGAAUAAGGAAAUCGAGUCAUAUGAUUAUAAAUAGAUUUCAAUUGUGUAAAAAAAGC